UAUUUAUUUAACUCAAAAAAUAUCAUACUCCAUCUUUUUUUUUAUAAAAAUAUUAUACAUCUAAAAUCUAUCAGAUCCAUAACUUUCAUUAACGUGGGAGUGGGACUGACAAAGCAGGCCACAGCCUAAAAUGGAUGCUUAAGCUAUCGCUAUAAACAUCAAUUUACCGAUUAAUCAUCCAACACUAGCACAAACAAGGCCGAUUCUAGAACCGGGCGCAGGCAUUGUAGUGGUUUCUCUCUCAUUUUCUCUCUUGUCCCCAACCUCUCUCCAGUCUCCUGAGCUUUGUUGGGUGCAGGCCGGAAACCACCACUUUUUCUUUUCCAAUGGGGUCUGUGCUUGGUGACCUGCCGUCAUUUGACCCCCAUAACUUCAGCCAACUUCGUCCCUCCGAUCCUUCUAAUCCUUCUAAAAUGAUACCUGCCACACACCACCCUACUCAUAGCCGGACUCUUCCACCACCUGAUCAAGUUAUAACUACUGAGGCAAAAAAUAUACUUAUUAGAAAUUUCUAUCAGCGUGCUGAGGAGAAGGUUAGUAAUUCAUUUAUGAUUUUUCAUGUUACAAAACUGCAUACAAAUAAUUUCAUAGUCACAGAUAGAAAUUCACGGAUUCGUGCAUGCCCUUUGAGAGUGGAUGUGCAGAUAUUUCAUGUAGUUUCUUAAUGCUUUUCCCAUUGCCGGUGGGACCAAAGUGAGCUGCCACUGAACAUCCAAUACCAGAGCAUGGAUGCAAGCAACCUAGGGCUUCCAUCUCAUAGUUGUAAUGAGAUUUUUUUCGUUUCUUUGGUGCUCAUGUAAAUGUAUAUUCUUAUAUCAAACGUGUUGUAGAAACUGUGAGUAAAGUUGCUUACCCAUUGUUGUAAACCAGUAUGCCAUACUUGUACAUUUUUGUGUACAAAUCAAACUUACAGCUGGGUUAUCAUAAUAACAGAAAGUGUUAUGUUUAUUUCUACAUUCUCUUCUUGGUAUUCAUUCCAUGUGGCAUGGCUGAAUUGCUGAAAUGCUAAAUUCUUGUAUGCUCAUUUAAGUAUUCAAGAUAUCAUCUUAAAAUGAUGUGCACAAGUGCAUCUCUUGGUAAUAACAGGUUUGAACAUGUUACUUGGGCUCUUGGAGCUGCAUAUUUUUACUGAAAGCAUAUGCAUUUGUGUUGCCAGGUUUUUUGAACCUGAUUAUGAAGUUAUUUUUUGAC